GGUGGGUCAAGAAAGAUAAGUGGAUAACUGGGUAACAGAAAUACGUCAUCUAGACCCUCCUGUUGACCUGAGAUGACCCCAACAUGGCGGCGCCCAGUGAAAACGUGCCAGCCGAUGUCCGGGAUUUUGUGUCGUCUCAUCCGGGAUUUCAGAUCCUUCCGGAGUCUACAAGAGUCCUCUGUACCCUAACCGGACAUGAGCUGCCCUACCACCUCCCGUCGCUUCAGACGUACGCCAACGGUAAAAAGUACAAGAACCUGGUGUCGGGGAUUAAGACAGAGGACAGCUUCGACUACAAGAAAUUCGAACCUCACAUCAUACCCAACAACAAACCAAAAAGACGACAUGAGUUGUUCUGUACGCUAACGCUCCGACAUCUGAACAAGUUACCCAGCGCUGUGUACCGCCAUGUCAACGGCAGGAGGUACAAAAAGGCCCUGGAGAGAUGGGAGGAAUGCCAAAGGACAGGGGAAAAGUUUGUCCCCCUCUGCAAGCAGAACAAGAAGAGGAGUGAGAGUUUAGACGACAGCUCGGCUGAGAAAAAGUUCUCAAAGACUCAAGAGACGGACAGUGAGAGUGAAGAAGACUCUGAUGACAGCAUGAGUGAUCUGUACCCAGCAAAGUACUUUGAAGCCGAAGAUUCUGACUAUGACAUGGAAGUUGAUGGAGCUGAAAACCCUGACAACACCCAGACUAUAACAACAGGCAAGAGAAAACAUCAGGAGGCUUCAGUGCCACAGAAAAAAAUGAGAGGCAAUCAGAAGUCCACAACUUCCAGAAAUGCGGGCAAGAACCACGGAAGGGGAGCCAAGCGUAGCCGUUGAAGUGACCUGGAUUUAAAUUUGUACCAGUAACAACACUGCCUAAACAGAGCAUUGUUCGUUUGGGUUCGUAAGGGUAGAAUCAUCAGAUUGAACUUUUUCAAGAGGACGAUCUUGUGAUGGACAAGUCAUAAUCUCUUCCAAACAUGUUGGAAUUAUGUCACUAACAAGGAUGCAGCAAAUAAAAGAAUAAAAAAAGCAUGAUUGACAA